AUGGCGGCAUCAUUAUCAUCAGGCCUCCCCCGAAUCUCUCUAUCUUUUCUCUUGUUCGUCUUCCUCUCAUCCUUCUCCUCCGUGGCCAGCAAUGACCUUCUCUUGUCUUCAAGGUCCCAGUACCUUCAACAUGAAGCAGAGAAGCUGAUCAGAGAGCUCAACCUUUCCCCGAAACAUUACAAAUGCUCUGUAUCCCAUGACUCUCUCUCAGUCCCUCCGGGCAAGAUCGUUGAGAAGAAGUUCAGAUUCCCCUACCUUGAUGCUGCUGGGGGCCCUUCUGUUGAAGACUUUGGUCACCAUGCUGGCUAUUAUGGACUUCCACAUGCCCAUGGUGAAAGGAUGUUCUACUUAUUCUUCGAAUCCCGUAACAGUAAGAAGGACCCUGUUGUGAUAUGGUUAACUGGGGGCCCAGGCUGUGGCAGUGAACUAGCUUUGUUUUAUGAGAACGGUCCUUUUCAUAUUACAAAGGACCUGUCUCUUGAAUGGAAUGACUAUGGCUGGGACAAGGUAUCAAAUAUUAUAUAUGUGGACCAACCAAUCGGGACAGGUUUUAGCCAUGCUUCUAAUGAGAGUGACAUUCCCCAUAACGAAGAAGCCGUUAGCAAUGACUUGUUUGACUUCUUACAGGCAUUUUUCAAGGAGCACUCUCAGUUUGUUGAGAAUGACUUCUAUAUUACCGGAGAAUCGUACGCGGGACAUUAUAUUCCGGCCAUUGCUUCUCGGAUUCAUCAAGCAAACAAGGCAAAAGAAGGAAUUCAUAUAAACCUUAAGGGAUUUGCUAUUGGGAAUGGGCAUACCAAUCCUGAAAUUCAAUACGCAGCUUACACGGACUUUUCAUUAGAGAACGGUUUGAUUAAUCGUGAUGAUUAUAACCGUAUCAACACGAUGCUCCCUCCAUGUUUGCACUCAAUACAGGAAUGCGGCAAAAAAGGUGGAGAUGCUUGCGAGACUGCUUUCUAUGAAUGUAAUCAAGACAUAUUCGAACAAAUAUUGGUCACUGCUGGGAAUGUUAAUUACUAUGACAUAAGAAAGAAAUGCGACAAGGGGCCUUCGUGCUAUGAUUUUUCAAGCAUGGAGACAUUCCUAAACAAGAAAGAAGUGAGGGAAGCUUUAGGUGUUGGAGACUCGAAAUAUGUUUCGUGUAGUGAUGUUGUAUACGCUGCCAUGAGGAAUGAUUGGAUGAGAAACCUAGAAGUGGGUAUUCCAGCUAUUCUUGAAGAUGGUAUUAGAAUGCUUGUGUAUGCCGGAGAAAAGGAUCUUAUUUGCAACUGGCUUGGAAAUGCGAGAUGGGUUGAUGCGAUGGAGUGGUCAGGUCAGAAGGCAUUUUUGGCAUCUCCAAAUGUAUCCUUCGUGGUCGAUGGUAAAGAGGCAGGAAUAUUGCAAAGCCAUGAACCUCUGAGUUUCCUUAAGAUUCAUGAGGCUGGGCACUUGGUUCCUAUGGAUCAACCCAAGCCUGCACUGGAGAUGCUGACGAGGUGGAUGCAAGGAAAAUGA